UUUCAGUUUGACGCAUUUUUUGGUCUUUAGUUGAUCGAGAAAAAGAUUACUUUCAUUGUUGACCGGGGUCCCUUCAGAGGCAGGACUUCAUGUCGUCAGACGAGUUCACUGCUCAAGAACUAAGGGAUUUGUUCCGAAAAUGUUGUGGUUUUGUGAAACGAAACGGCUACCCAAAUAUGGAAAAAAUUGAAUACCUGUAUCGAUGCAAGCCACAGGAUUAUUGGGAUGACAUACGCUACUUCAAUAACAACUUAAUGGAAACCUACAUAAAGGACGACAACGGUCACAGCGAGAAUCUAAUCAAUGGAGAAAUCGAUGGAUUGUUCUUCUCGGGACGUCUCUGUGGUUCUAACUUGAAACUUCCAAAUUCUUCGCCAUUUGGCAAUAUUCGAAUGGACAUUAAGAGCUAUUUGAUUCUAAACCCAAAUAAGCACAACUUCUAUUUUGCAGACUUUUACUGCAACAAAAAACUGCACUAUGUUACCAUAGUGGUGUGUGUUAACAACUCCGAUGCAGAUGAUUAUUGUCAGGACAAUCUGAUCAAGCUCAACAAAUUCGCAAAUCCAUUCAUCAAAGCUGAACAAAUUGAUGGCCGCCGACACAACUUCUACAUUAACAAUGAUAUUUGGGUUGAGAUAUUUUACACCGAGGACAUCAAUUUGAACGGAAAAGAGUUUACAAGGAUCCGGGCGACUGGAAAAGGAUCAUCUAACUUUGACGGUGUUCCGAAUAAUAAGCGUUGCAAAAUUUGUAAUUUGUAGUAAUAAUUAAUCCAUUUCUUGAAACUGUUUGCUACCAAACAAACUCUCAAAUUUUAAAAUAUUUUUGCAAAUUGAGCAACAUAUUUUUAAGUGUAUUCAGAGUAGAUUACCACAUGCCGUAUGCCACUUUAAAAUGUAACUCGCCAAAACCCUCAAUAAAUAUUUUGCUUU